GGCGCCCGGGCGGCCCUGCAGUGACGGCAGCCGAGCGGCCGCGGGACCGGAGCAAUGGGUCUGCUGUCAGAGCUGAAGCUGGCCGUGCCCUGGGGCCACAUCGCAGCCAAAGCCUGGGGCUCCCAGCAGGCGCCCCCGAUUCUCUGCCUGCACGGCUGGCUGGACAACGCCAACUCCUUCGACAGACUCAUCCCUCUUCUCCCGAAAGACUUUCAUUAUGUUGCCAUGGAUUUUGGGGGUCAUGGGCUCUCGUCCCAUUAUAGCCCGGGGCUCCCGUAUUUCCACCAGAACUUUGUGAGUGAGAUCCGAAGAGUGGCGGCCGCCUUGAAGUGGAGCCGGUUUUCCCUCAUAGGCCACAGCUUUGGUGGCAUUGUGGGCGGAAUGUUUUCCUGCAUCUUCCCCGAGAUGGUGGACAAGCUGGUCUUGCUGGAGUCAGUGCCGUUUGCUCUGGACUCCCAGGAAAUGCCCAACCUCCUGACCUACAAGCGGAAGGCCAUAGAACACACACUGCAGCUAGAGGCGGCCCAGAAGCCCUCCCGCGUGGUCAGCCCGGCGGAGAUGCUGCAGGGGUUCCUGAAGAACAACAGUCACGUGGGGGAGGACGGAGGGCAGCUCAUCCUGCAGAGAGGAACCACGCAGGUGGCCAAAGGUGUGGUGCUGAACAGAGACCGCAGGAUCGCCUUGCCAGAGCACUGCUUCGACUUCGUCAGCAAGGAGCUGUUUGUGCACGCCAUGAAGCAGCUGCAGGCCCGCGUCCUGCUCAUCAAAUCAACCCAAGGAUUUUAUGCCGUGCGGAGAGAGAAUGACGACAAGAGGGAAGCCGUGAGCUUCUUGCUCGACACGCUGAAGUCGACCCUGAAGGACCGGUUCCAGUUUGUGGAAGUCCCGGGCAACCACUACGUCCACCUGAACCAGCCCCAGAACGUGGCCAGUAUCAUCUGCACCUUCUUACAGAGUCCGUAGCCCCGAGACCUCAUGCCUUCUGCCCCGACUCCCUCCUCCCGAGGCCCCAACCAGGCGGGGGGAACGGACCUCCCUGGUACGACCCGACAGGCUGGCAGAAUCCAGGGCACAGUUGGUGGAGCGAGAACGCUGAGAUUCUAACUUGACUGAUUCAAGGGGAGACAUUGCCAGGAUCGGGGGGAGUGGAGGGGGUGAGUUGUGUGUUUGUGGCUGAAUCUGCAACACUGGCAGCAGCUGGACGGGGCCGGGACCCCAUGCACAGCUCAGGGGCUUUUGUAAUCAAAAAUAAACUGUCCCUGUGUUCUUCCUGCUUCCGAGGCCGAGGC